UCAGCCCGAAACAUUUUGUUGCAAGCACUGCUGUAGCUCUGUACUUUAUAAUACGUAGUAAACUUCCACUUUGUUAUCAAACCGUGAAAACUGUGAAGUGUGUCAAAUUCGUAACAAACAUUCAAUAUUAUGCAAUAAAAACGCGUAUGAAAGGGGUUUUUCAUGCUACUUCGAAGUAGUCCAGUAAAAGGUUUUACUCAGUGAAAUCUUCUCGUGCAAGGAGCUUUACUGUAAUCAACAGUCAUACGCUUGAAAAACGCAUUGAUUAACAAGAAGUUACGAGAAAAAAAUGGAGGAAAAUAUCCAUGAGCAAGUUGAAGACAAUUCGCCCUCGAUAGAGCAGAUCUUACGUCCAAUAUCGAACACCUUCUGGCUCCUGGGUGGCAGUAUAAUUUAUCCGCCAAAGAGUUUCAAAACUAUAACGAUAAUCACACGUAUACUUUACACGGUUAUAUUCUUGACUAACUUGAUAAGCAAUUUACUACAUAUUACUUCUAUAUAUAAAGAGAACGAGCUAAUCCAGUACAUAUAUCUUCUAAAUGAGCUGAUACGUUACGUUUUAAUCUGUUAUAAUAUUUAUUAUGGAGUCAGACUAUACGAGAAGUGGCCAAAAUUAAUGGAUAGAUUGAAGGAACUCGAUCAGAAGCUCGAAAAAGAAAUACCCUUAAAUAACGGGUUUAUACAAAUUAUACAACUAAAAAAUGUUAUAAAAAUUAUACCAAAUUUCAUAGCGUUCAUUGCCCGUCCUUUGAUACUGAUUUCGUCAAUUCGGUUCCUUUACGUAUCAGAUUUGAAUCCGAUAUUCUCUAUCAACAUUGUGCUAUUUUUCGACUUAAUAAUGCAGUCGAUGAUCAACAGCUUCUUCUUUGACAUUAUCGUCUAUGUAUUGUAUUGCAGAUUUCAAACAAUAAAUGAAUUAAUUGGUCAGUUGGAUGAGUUAUCCAAUGUGCAAUGGAUCACAUUCAAGAUUAGACGCAUCAGAGAAUUGCAUGCCGAUAUUUGUGAUCUCGCUAGCAUGGUAAACGAUAUUUACAGUCUUUAUCUACUCUUCUGCUCAGCAAGUUACUUCACCAUGGCUGUGACUACGCUAUUCCAGGUUUACAUGGAAAUAAUUACAGAAGUGUACAUAAUAGUUUUGUUUGAAAUUGUAUAUGCCAUGCAAUUCUUCCUGGUUUGUUGGAUUUGCACAGUCGCAUGUGAAGAAUCCAAUAAGACCGGAAGAAUCAUACACAAAAUUAUAUUGAAUUGCAAAUCUGUGAAUCUUGAUAAAAACGAGGCGAGUAAUCAAUCGAGUCUAGAAAUGCUAUCUGCACUGGACGAUUUGAAUAGCGAGCAAAAUUUUAAUAGUAGCAGCAGUCACAAUUUGAAUUACAUCGUUUUGGAAAAUCUUUUGCACAAACAUCUGAAUCAAGAUUGUGUCAGAAACGAGAUCAAUGAUUUUUCGGCUCAACUACAGCAGAAUCGAGUAGCAUUUACGGCCUGUAAUUUCUUCGAAUUAAACAAUGUUUCUUUGAGUUGUUUCGUCGGGAUGAACUUCACUUAUCUAGUUAUCUUCGUUCAACUUUAUCAAUAACCAAAAAGUUAAAAAAAAUACUAAAACUGUAUUUGAAGCGUUUGAAAAUGUGUUGAAAUCCAAUGUCACGUAUCUAUACAUUAUAGCACCAAUUGUAAAUGUUUCUUCUUUAUCUAAAAAUUUUUAUAUUGUAUGAUAAUAUUGUCUUGCUUUGUUCCGCCUUCUUAUGUCUUGCUUAUUAAAGUAAA